AUGCGACGGCUGCGGUACUGUCUCAGCGUUGGACACAGAGCACGCUCAGCGUGCUGCGGUGCCCUGCGGUGCGCGUCGAGCGUGACGACGCGAGCGGAAGGGGCGGAGAGCGCGGGGCCCGGCAACGAGCGCGGCGCAGCGAGCGCGCCAGGCACGCUCUCUUUCGAGCAGGCGGUCAAGCUAUCCAUCGGCGGUCUCGGACAGAUCGCGAUACCGGACGCGCUCGAACGAGGCCUGUCGAAGGCGCUGAAGGGUCAAGGGAAGACCUCGCUGCAGGGCGCCGCGAGAGCGCUCCAGAAGCAGCUGCGGGCGCGCGCGGCCACGAGGCAGCGCGGCGGCACGGUCGACAUCGCGGACGUGGGCAUGUGGCGCUCCCCCGUACCGCGGCGGCGCGACGUCGACGACGACGACAUCGCGGAGGUCGAGGAGGACGUUCGCGAGAGGCUGGCCCUGGAGGGAGUCAGCAUGCUGGAUGACAGACUGGGCGUCGUGGACGUGCGCCAGCAGCGCCGGGUGCUGCGGGAGGAGCGCAAGGAGAAGCUGCUCGAGUACCGACGCGUCGCCGCGCGCCCGGGCCGCGACACGCCGUACGAAAGCACAGAAACCAAGGCGUAUGCCGCACAGCGGCUGCCGGCGACGUACGCGGCGUGCUGCAGAGUGCUGUCCGAGAUCCGCACUCGGGCGCCGAAGUUCCGCCCGUCGAGGGUCCUCGACUUCGGCGCUGGGCCCGGCGCGGCGACGUGGGCCGUGCAGGACACGUGGGGCGCCGCCGCGGUCGAGGACGCCCUGCUGGUGGAGCCUGCGCUCGCCAUGAUGCAGCUAGGGCGGAUGAUCGAGGGGGAGCGCGCCGCGGACGUGGAGGCGGCCGGCGUCAUGCCAGCGCCGUCGAAGCAGGCGCUCGAGCAACGUCCCUGCGCGCCGCGGACGACCCUGAGGUGGCUGGCGGCGCUGCCGAAGAUGCGCGACCACAAGACGGGCCGCUCGAACAAGCGCAAGCACGACCUCGUCAUCGCCAGCUACGUCCUCGCCGAGGUCCGCACGGCUCCACGGCCGCGCAGCGCACACGCGACCAUCCCUUGCGCCGUCGGUUCCGCCACACCCGCCGUCGCUCCCGCGCACCUCACCGGCCGCAGAUCGACGACCCGCGCGAGCGGCAGCGCAUCGUGCGCGAUCUCUGGGCCCGCACGAAGGACGUGCUCGUCAUCGUAG